AGGGCCGCUCUCCUGCGCCCGUCCCCGGCUUCAGCUCACUUCCUGCCGCCCAGAGUCACUGGAGCUCCGGGCUGCUCAGCGAGAUGGCUGCGUUCCUGCGAGCUCGCAAAUAUGUCGGCUGCGUGGUUCGUUUCUCCGACCGUGAACUGUAAACGGUAGAGCGAAGCGCCUGUGCAGACUUGAAGCAGACCUGCUGGACCAGCUGUCAGGAUGGCUGACAAAAAUGCUGACCUUGGUGGUACGAUUGAGGAUGAAGAUGAGAGUUCAGAUGACCCAAACCUUCAUCAGGAGCUCAACGUCUUCAGAGCUCAGUGGAUGUCUGAGCUCAAACCGAGCGGUGGAGCGAGUGACCGACAGCUGCGUGCUAAAGGUCAGAGGAGGACUCAAGAACAUGCUCGGGAGGAGAGAGCCACAGAACUGUUUCUGAGAGCGGUUCAGGAAGAGCAGAGUGGUGCUGUCUAUGAAGCUAUCAAAUUCUACCGCAUGGCUAUGCAGCUUGUUCCUGAUAUUGAGUUCAAAAUCAACUACAGCCGUCCUUCGGAGGCAGACCGAAGUGGAGAAAACUACAUGGAGGACAACGACACCGACGGGGAGAUUGAGGAUUUACUUGCAUACUUCGAGCAGCAGCUCACACUGGAGAGCACUUUUCCAAAGAUCUGCACUCCUGAGAUCGAUAUGACUCAGGUGCACAUUUCGGCCUUGCCGCGUGAGAUCUUGAUGUAUGUAUUCCGCUGGGUCGUUUCAAGUGACCUGGACAUGCGGGCCCUGGAGCAGCUCUCGUUGGUUUGCCGGGGGUUUUACAUGUGCGCGAGGGAUCCGGAGAUUUGGCGUUCGGCUUGUUUAAAAGUGUGGGGAAGGAACUGCACCAAACUUGGACCCUUCAAAUCCUGGCGGGAGAUGUUUCUGCAAAGGCCACGAGUCCGUUUUGAUGGCGUCUACAUCAGCAAGACGUCUUACAUCCGCCAAGGCGAGGAGUCACUGGAUGGUUUCUACAGGGCUUGGCAUCAUGUCGAGUACUAUCGGUACCUCCGCUUCUUCCCCGACGGACAAGUCAUCAUGCUGACCACCCCCGAUGACCCCCUGAGCGUCGUGCCCCGCUUGCGUACCAGGAACACCAGAAUGGAUGCGGUUCUGUUCGGUCAUUUCCGCCUGUCACAGGAGACAGACAAUCAAACCAAAGUUUUUGCUGUUGUCAGCAAGAAAAAAGAGGAGAAAGCGGCCGAGUUUCAGAAGAACCGGUUCUACAGGAGAAGCGCCGCCCCGGAGACCGAGCACAGCUUCCACGUGGGGCUGCAUCUGUCCUCCGGGGGGCGCCAGAGUUUCAGCAAGCUGGUGUGGAUCCACCACUCCUGCCACAUCACUUACAAGCUGACGGGGGAAACCGUGGUCACCGCGUUCGACCUGGACAGGAUGUACACGCCCUUCUUCUUCGCACGAGUGAAGAGCUACACUGCUUUCUCUGAGCAGCCUCUUUAGGCAGUGCAGAAGCCUGCACCAUUCAAACAAAACGCAUCCACUUGGUCCUGUUAUAAAUUUGUGCUGCAGCUGGGUCCCUGUCGCUUUUCGAACCUGUCUGUUACCUUCACACACGCUUGUCAUGUUUCAGGUUCACCUUAUAGAAUACUACUUAUUUUCUGAUUUCAGAAAUUCGGUAAUUUGCUGGAAGCUAAACUAAUUAGCACCAUUUCUGACCUGUUCCAAGCUAUGAAUGUUCAUGCUGUUUUUGUUCUCAUGGUGCACUUUCUUCCUCCAAUAAACAGUGAUGAACAAGG